AUGGGAAUGAGGCCUCGAGAAAUUCGCCAGAACUGCGCCGCCCUCGGGAUUUCGCCCUCGGGACCUCCGCCUCCUCGCCCUCGGGACCUCCGCCUCCUCGCCCUCGGGACCUCCGCCUCCUCGCCCUCGGGAUUUCGCCUCGGCACGUCGCCUUCGGGACCUCGCCCUCGCACCCCCGCCUCCUCGCCCUCGGGACAUCGCCCUCGGACAUCGCCCUCGGCACCUCCGCCUCCUCGCCCUCGGGACAUCGCCCUCGGCACCUCCGCCUCCUCGCCCUCGGGACAUCGCCCUCGGCACCUCCGCCUCCUCGCCCUCGGAUUUCGCCCUCGGCACCUCCGCCUCCUCGCCCUUCGGGACAUCGCCCUCGGCACGUUCGCCCUCGGCACCUCGCCCUCGGGCACCUCCGCCUCCUCGCCCUCGGAUUUCGCCCUCGCACCUCCGCCUCCUCGCCCUCGGACAUCGCCCUCGGCACGUCGCCUUUGGGACCUCGCCCUCGGCACCUCCGCCUCCUCGCCCUCGGGACAUCGCCCUCGGCACCUCCGCCUCCUCGCCCUCGGGACAUCGCCCUCGGCACCUCCGCCCCUGGGCCCACCUCGCCUCCCCCGCCCCUCGGGGAAACGCGGCCCUCCGAUCCCGGUGAUCAAUCUAAGUUCAAUUUCCAAACUCAGUCCUCUCUCGGGGCGUGAGAAAAGCCGCUGGGACCGAAAGUAG